GAGCUUCCCGGCGUCCUGCAGAGCCCCGCUUCCACCUCGAUCUGGACAGGACAGAGCCCUGGUCCUUGUCCUCCUCCUCCCAGAGYCCGUCCCCCUUCUUGCCCGAAGCUUCGGGUCACGGCAGCCGCACCUCCACCCCAGAGAGGAGGGGCUCACCUCUGCCAAACAGCAGCGAGACCCUCGGAGCGUCACUGGAAGACGACGACGGAGGUCUGAGGCAGAGGGCGAGGGGUGAGCGGGCGCCGUCCGACGACCUCAGCAGCUCUCCACGCCGAGGCUUCCACCAGUACUUGUCUCGUUUCGAUGACGCCAUGAAACUCCGCAGCCAGCUGGCCAGCGAGAAGCCGGCUCAAGAUGCGGGGUCCGACUCAGAGGAGCUGGAUCCCUUCAGGAUCUUCAGGCUUGUUGGCAGCGUCCUUCUGGCCAUAUUCGUCAGAGUUUUUGUCUGCAAAUAUCUGUCAAUAUUCGCUCCAUUUUUGACCCUUGAACUGGCCUACAUGGGAUUGUCUAAAUACUUUCCAAAGGUAGAGAAGAAGACCAAAACCACUGUGCUGACCGCUGCCCUGCUGCUGUCCGGCAUCCCCGCUGAGGUCAUCAACCGCUCUAUGGACACCUACAGGAGGAUGGGGGACGUCUUCUCCGACCUCUGCGUCUACUUCUUCACCUUCAUCAUCUCUCACGAGGUCUUGUUGCUGAUCGGCUCAGAGACGCCCUGACGACGCCCCACACGGCCUCUUCUUGUUGUUCCCCAUCAUCCCAACAAGGCAUGCUCGUUUGCACCCUCUGGUGUUUUAGUUCCUGUUGUUUACCUGGAAACAAAUCUGCUGCUAACCGAUCGAGGCCACAUGUCAUCUGAACUUCCUGUUCUUCAGGAUUUAGACACUAAGAUACAAGAGUCCGUUGUUUAUUACAGACCAACGUGUUUAAGCUAACUAUGUUKAAGAACAAAACUUGGCUGCCCUGAUUUCCUAACAAUCUGCAAUCAACACACAGUCAGCCUAUAAUUGGAUUGUGUUAUGUUUCRGUUUUAUUUGUAAGAUUCGCGUUGGACAUGAAGUUCCAGAAGCAGAGCAGCAAACGUGCAUCGUGUUUUUCAGUCACUUAAACUUAUAGAUAACGUGAUCGUUGGAUAAGUGACGUUCUUUUUGAUGCAUUAAGAGUCGGAGCUUCAAGUGAGCUCCAGAGUUUUCAGUAGUCUUUGUUUUAGGUGUUAAAGAAGGUGAAACAAYGACAAAAACAGUUUUUGAAUGUAAGCUUGUCGGUUGUUUCUAUUAAGCUUAAACACAUUUCGGAAUAAGACGGAUCAUCUGCAGUCAGGCGGGUCGAUAUAAACUGUGUUUGUGAAUCGUUUGUGUUUGUGGCAGAAGCAUUUAUUCCUAUAGUAUGUAAAAAAAGGUUUUUGUUUUCGCCUGUGAACUCAGAAGUUGCAUUUUUUUCAUACAUGAUGGAAAAGUUACUGGUUUGAUGUUUGUGUGUUUGUUUCUAGUGACGUGUCGCUUUGCUCGAGCUUUUUUUUUUUUUCGAAACUUUUCAACGGUUCUGUCUUGUCCUUGUUUUAUAUUUUAAUUUAAUGUAAAUUAACUUAUUGGUGGAAUUUCUUCCCAAGUAAAGGCUUAAAUGUGAUUUGUCCUGCUUGUCUAAUCUAUUUGAUAUGUUUUGAUAAAUUUUCUUGAAAAAAUGUUUUUAAUGGCUCUUAUAGUAUUCCUGAGAUCAUUUUGAUGUUAACAGUCUUUGCUUUAAACUAGACAGUUAAUACCAAAUAAAUACCUCUGAGUGACA